AUCAUUUUUUUACAUGAUUUAUAUUGUACAUUAGCAGAUUCGAGGAAGUGAAUGUAUGAGCGUUCUCUUCGUUCAUUGGCUAUGAUAGCGGAAGUGACGUUAACCCUGCCGACCAUCUCAAUACAAACAGCUGAGCUGACAGUCCGACAACAGGGAUGGAGUUGGCGCACAGUUUACUGCUGAAUGAAGAGGCUCUGGCUCACAUCACUGAAGCUAAGAGAGCCGUCUUCAUAUUCGAGUGGCUCAGGUUUCUAGAUAAAGUUCUUGUUGCAGCAAAUAAGGUUGAUGUAAAGGAGAAGCAGAAGAAGUUAGUUGAGCAGCUGACGGGUUUAAUCAGCAGCUCACCAGGGCCGCCCACCAGGAAACUGCUGGCCAAGAAUCUGGCAGUACUCUACAGCAUCGGUGACACCUUCACUGUCUUUCAGACUCUCGACAAGUGUAAUGACAUCAUCAAGAGUAAAGAUGACACGCCGGCGUAUUUACCCACUAAACUCGCUGCGGUGGCGUGCGUCGGGGCCUUCUAUGAGCGAAUGGGCCGAAUGUUGGGCAGCUCAUUUCCAGAGACCAUCAAUAAUCUCCUGAAGGCUCUGAAGAGCGCAGAGUCUCAGGGUCGAGGUGAGAUCCUGCUGAGUUUGCAGAAGGUUCUUAGUGGUCUGGGUGGCGCUGCUGCUUCCUGUCAUAGAGAUAUUUACAAGAAUGCUCGAUCCCUGCUGACUGACAGAUCCAUGGCUGUCCGCUGUGCUGUGGCAAAGUGUUUGUUAGAGCUGCAGAACGAGGCCGUGUUUAUCUGGACCACAGAGCUGGAGAACGUGGCCACGCUGUGUUUUAAAGCUCUUGAAGGCUCGACGUACGGCGUGCGUGUCGCUGUAUCCACACUGCUGGGAACAGCCAUGGCCACGGCACUGAUGCCCAAACAGGCCACAGUAAUGCGUCAGAAUGUAAAACGAGCGACUCUGGAGGAGGUUCUGGAGCUGAUGGCCACAGGUUUCCUCCGUGGAGGUUCAGGCUUUCUGAAGAGCGGAGGAGAAAUGCUGAAGGGGGCGUCUGUCAGUCGAGAGGUGCGGGUCGGUGUAACUCAGGCUUACGUUGUGUUCGUCACGGCUCUGGGAGGUCAGUGGUUGGAGCGUAACUUCGCUGUAUUUCUAUCUCAUUUACUGGAGCUGGUUGCUCACCCGCGGGCCACACAGACUCACGUCGAGGCGGUGUAUUCACGUCGCUGCGUCUCCUUUGCCUUGCGGGCAACUGUGGGCGGUCUGCUGGGUGAGAAGGCUCAAAUCGCUGCCGCAAAGGAAAUCUGCUUGGCCAUCAGCAAACAGAUGAGAGCCGUGGAAGCUGUAGUGAAUGACACCAGCAGUGAGAACCGGGCCGGAGCUGGAGACGUCUCAGCAAGUCAGCAUGUCAUGGUUUGUGCCCUUAAAGAGCUGGGCAGUCUGGUGCAAAGUCUGAGCGCUACAGCAUCUCCUCUUAUCCAGGAACCAUCUGUCGGUUUUUUGGAGACGGUAACGUCGGUGUUGCUGCACCCGAGCAUGGCGGCACGCCUGUCUGCGGCCUGGUGUCUACGCAGUGUUGCCGUGGCUUUGCCGUACCAGCUGACGCCUCUACUGGAGCGCUGUGCUGAAUGCAUUAAUAACCUGAAGAACUCACCGGAGGCUGUCAGUGGCUACAGUUUUGCAAUGGCUGCUCUGUUGGGUGGAGUGUAUCAGUGUCCACUGGGUAUCCCACACUCCAAGGGCAAGAUGGUGGUGAGUAUAGCUGAAGAUCUCCUGCGCUCAGCAGCUCAGAACAGUCGUCUGUCUCUUCAGAGAACUCAAGCCGGCUGGCUGCUCUUAGGUGCCCUCAUGACCUUAGGACCAUCUCUAGUGCGCUACCACCUGCCCAAGAUGUUGUUGUUGUGGCGUAACGUGUUUCCUCGCUCUCAGAAAGAGCUGGAGGCUGAGAAAGCACGAGGCGACUCUUUCACCUGGCAGGUGAUGCUGGAGGGACGUGCCGGCGCUCUGUGUGCAAUGCGCAGCUUUGUGGCUCAUUGUCCCGAGCUGUUGACAGAAGAUGUGAUUCGUAGACUGAUGACACCCAUCGAGUGUGCUAUGACCAUGAUGUCUCAUGUUCCUGCAUUGAUAAAGGUUCAUGGUGCUCAUCUGAAGGCUAGUGCUGCCAUGGUCCGACUGCGACUCUAUGACAUACUGGCACUACUGCCACCCAAGACAUAUGAAGGUAGUUUUAAUGCCCUGCUGAGGGAGUUGGUGGCAGAGUUCACCUUGACAGAUAACUCGGCCAACACCACGACCUCUCUGCUGCGCUCACUGUGUCAUUAUGAUGACAGUGUGCUGAUGGGCUCAUGGUUACAGGAAACAGAUCACAAGUCCAUUGAAGAUCAGCUGCAACCCAACAGCGCAUCCGGCAGUGGAGCUCUCGAACACGACCCGUCCUCCAUUUACCUGCGGGUUCCCGUCGGUGAGGCCGUCCCCGGACCUCUGCCUCUGGGUGUGUCUGUCAUCGAUGCGUCUGUCGCUCUGUUUGGAGUGGUCUUUCCGCACGUCUCUUUCAAACACAGGUUGCAAAUGCUUGAUCACUUUGCCGAAUGCAUUAAACAAGCUAAAGGUGUCCGUCAACAGGCUGUCCAGUUAAACAUUUUCACAGCAGUGCUGAGCGCUCUCAAGGGUCUGGCAGAAAACAAGAGCAGCCUCGGCCCUGAAGAGGUGAGGAAGUCGGCUUUGGCACUCGUGAUGGGGGCGCUGGAUAACCCAAACCCCAUCCUCCGCUGUGCUGCUGGAGAGGCUCUUGGCAGGAUGGCACAAGUCGUAGGGGAAGCGUCAUUCAUUGCCAGGAUGGCACAGCACAGCUUUGACAAGCUGAAGUCGGCGCGUGACGUGGUUUCCAGGACGGGUCACUCUUUGGCUUUAGGCUGUCUGCAUCGGUACGUUGGUGGCAUCGGUUCUGGCCAGCACCUAAAGACCAGCGUGAGCAUCUUGUUGGCUCUAGCACAAGACGCCACAUGUCAUGAGGUCCAGACGUGGGCUCUGCAUUCUCUGGCACUCAUUGUGGACUCCAGUGGGCCCAUGUAUCGUGGUUAUGUGGAGCCCACCCUGUCUCUGGUGCUGACUCUGCUGCUGACCGUCCCACCCUCACACACGGAGGUCCAUCAGUGUCUGGGUCGCUGUCUCGGAGCGCUCAUCACCACCGUGGGCCCAGAACUGCAAGGUAACAGCGGCACUAUCUCUACGAUCCGUUCGUCGUGUCUGGUGGGCUGUGCCAUCAUGCAGGAUCAUUCUGAUUCGCUGGUUCAGGCUGCAGCCAUCUCCUGUCUGCAGCAGCUUCAUAUGUUCGCCCCGCGCCACGUCAACCUGUCCAGCCUGGUGCCCACCCUCUGUGUGCACCUGUGCAGUUCUCAUCUGUUAUUACGGCGAGCCGCUGUGGCGUGUCUCAGGCAGUUAGCUCAGCGCGAGGCUGCAGAGGUGUGUGAAUACGCCAUGAGUCUGGCCAGGAGGGCUGGUGACAGCAAAGACAACACCACUAUCAAUCUGAACAUCACAGAGACCGGGUUAGAAGGGGUUCUGUUCGGGAUGCUGGACCGUGAGACGGACAGGAAGUUGUGUUCGGAUAUUCACGAUACAUUGGGCCACAUGCUGUCCUCCCUGGCUGUAGAGAAACUUCCUCAUUGGCUGAAACUCUGCAAAGACGUGCUGGCGGCAACUACAGAGGUUGGUGGAACCGUUACGUCUGAUGGCAGACGAAAGGAAGAAGAUGAAGACUCUGAGAAGAAGGAUGAGAUGGAUGAUGACAUCAUGUUUACAUCACUGGGUCAGGACGACAAGUCCAAACCUUCUGUGGCCCCUCGCUGGGUCACGCGUGUAUUUGCUGCUGACUGUUUGUGCCGCAUCAUUAAUCUGUGUGAAAAUGCAGAUAAAGUCCACUUUGACUUGGCGGCGGCCCGUAUUGCCAAGACUAAAAAUCCUGCAGGUGACUUUCUGGUGCUGCACUUGUGUGAUCUGAUUCGUAUGGCCUUCAUGGCUGCGACCGAUCACAGUAACCAGCUGCGUAUGGCCGGUCUACAGGCACUGGAGGACAUCAUUAAGAAGUUUGCCACUGUGCCUGAACCUGAGUUUCCAGGUCAUGUGAUACUGGAGCAAUACCAGGCCAAUGUAGGUGCGGCACUCCGACCGGCAUUUUCAGCAGAUACACCUUCAGACAUCACAGCCAAAGCCUGUCAGGUGUGCAGUGCCUGGAUAGGAAGCGGUGUCGUCAGUGAUCUCAAUGACUUGCGUCGUGUCCACAAUCUUUUAGUCUCCUCUCUGGACAAAGUUCAGGCUGGCAAAGGCCAAUCCAGUCAGCUUUACAGCGAGAGCGCCACCACCAUGGAGAAGUUAGCUGUGCUGAAAGCAUGGGCAGAGGUGUUUGUAGUGGCUAUGAAUAUAAAGAAGGAGUCUCAGUCCAGAACGGCCUGUGAGGAAGAUGAGGAAGAGGAGGAGAGAGAUGAAGAUGUUCUCCCUCCAGACAGUCUGAUGACAUUAGUUGAGCCCGAGCUGCCGUCUCUCAGUCGUCUGUGGCUGGCCGUGUUGAGAGAUUAUGCGCUGCUAACUCUGCCUGCUGAAUUCUCCAGCCAGCUGCCACCUGAAGGAGGUGCCUUUUACACCCCAGAGACUAUAGAUAUGGCACGUCUUCAUUAUCGUAACUCAUGGGCACCUAUCCUGCACGCUGAGGCGUUGUGGCUCAGUAGCACAAGUUUCGGGACUGUUGAAGAGACCGCAGAAAGCAAGAGUGGACCCAUCAAAGGGCCUGUAGUGACUCCAGCGCCCAGCAAAAACGCAGAGGAUCUUGUGAAGGACAAACUGCACCUUCUUCUAGGUAUCAGCAUUGAAUUUCUGUGUUUUCCUCGUGCCGAGGAGCCCAUUGAAGAUGUGAUGUCAUGUCUGCGUGCUCUGUGCACACUCCUCGACUCACCCAGCGCUCGCACACACAUCGCAGAGGACCAGUUGUUGGCUGUGGAGUUGUUGAAUGUGCUUCAUCGGCUGUUGUUAACACGUGAUCCGCCCAGUGUGCAGCUGCAGGUGAUCGCAGUCGUACAGAAAAGCAUCCACGCGGCCCAAGAGCACCUGGAGCGCAUGAAGAGCAACAAGACUGUAGAGGAUGCUGGAGAGCAGGUGUCAAUGCUCGGUGAAGGUGGUGAGACCGGUGAACUUCUGCCAGGAAAAUCUCUGGUGUUUGCUGCUAUGGAGCUGCUGGUUUUUAUCUUGGUGCGUCACCUGCCUCAGCUGAAGGAGAAAGAUAGUGAUGAUGUCAGACCGUCUAUCUGUCUGAAUCUUUCUGAUGACAGCAGUCGACUUGUGGCUGCUACAGUCACAGCUCUUGCUGAGUUACCUUCACUAUGUUCACCUGCAGGAAGUAUGACCAUCCUGCCCACAAUCCUGUUUCUCAUCACUGGUGUCCUGCGAGAGACGGCAGUAAAAACAUCAGAUAACUCUGUCCCGGUCCCUGUAUCUGCAGCCCUGCAGGGCAUUAAAAUCAUCUUGAGUUCUCCAGCGGCGGCGGCGCGUCAUCAGAAGAAUCAGACGCACUGGAGCUCUCUCAUCAGGAGUAGUUUAGCCACAAUACUGGAGGACUCACAGCCUGGAUCCAGUGUAGAUGAAGUGAGUCUGUUGACAGCGAUUACUCUGUUUUUACUGUCAGCCAGCAGUGAGCUGGUCGGUGUCUCUGUUCUGCAGAAGGGCUGUAUCGAUCGUUUCAGACAUGGACUUAAUUCCUCUGAUCCCUGCACUCAAGCUCGCUGUUAUCAGCUCCUGCUGUCAGUGUUUCAGCACUCGUGCCGCAGUCUCUCUGUGCCGUAUAUCCACACAUUAGCACCAGUGCUGGUGGAGAAACUCAAGGCCAUUGAACACAGACGACCAUCCACACCUGCUGAACUUCAGGCUGUACAGGAAGGGGUUAAAGUGUUGGAGAGCCUCGUGGCCAUGGGAGAAGAUCAGCACCGCGUGCAGUUAUUGGCUCUGCUGGUCCCGACUCUGGUUUCAUAUCUGUUAGAUGAUACGGCUUUCUCUUCAGCGUCUGUGAGCUCUAAGGGCCUGCAUGAGUUUGCUCUUCAGAACCUCAUGCACAUAGGACCGCUCUACCCUGAUGCCUUCAAGACUGUGAUCGGAGCGGCACCAGAGCUGAAGAUUCGUCUGGAGAGUGCCAUCAGAUCCAGACAAGCCAACAGUAAAGCCAAGGCCACAAGCAGACAGUCUCAGCAGAGCGUACAGGCCACACCCACCAUCAAACUUAAAACCAGCUUCUUCUAAAUCUUUCAUUAAACGUCCCCGACACGGUGUGACGCCUUUAUUUAUUCAGUCUGACACACAAAUAAAGUCAAAUAUGUUACAGUGAAAUGGUUAUGAAGACUUUAUGGUUAAACGUUGUUGUUGUUAAACGGUGCGUGCCAUUUGUAAUCUCAUAGUUUUUUCAAAACACACCGUCUGUCACUAACAGUCAAUGAAUGACAUCCUUCACAUAACACAGACAGACAGACUGACGGUUGAAUAUUCCCAUCAGCACAUUCCUAAAGUUUUCAUCAUGUUUUUAUGAUCUAUUUAUUUAGAUCGAGUUGAAUGAAUACUUCUGUAUUUCUUUUACUGUCUAGUUUUAAUUCACUCUUUUAUUUUUCACAAUUCUUCACAACACAUAAUUCAAGUGGUAAGUCUUCAUGUAUUUAUAAUUGUAAGUACAAUGUUGU